ACUGCUUAGGCACCAAUCUGCGCUUUCAUGUCUUGUGGGGCUGUGAUGGCUCAACACCACCUGGGGUGGGCUACUGUCAUGGAAGAAGGCUGCUGGAGGAAAGGCCCUUGGACUGCUGAAGAAGACAGGCUGCUCAUUGAGUAUGUCAAGGUGCAUGGUGAAGGAAGAUGGAACUCUGUGGCCCGGCUUGCAGGGCUGAAGAGGAACGGCAAAAGCUGCAGAUUGAGGUGGGUGAAUUACUUGAGGCCGGACCUGAAGAGGGGGCAAAUCACCCCACAUGAAGAGAACAUAAUUCUUGAGCUCCAUGCUCGGUGGGGAAAUAGGUGGUCAACAAUCGCUCGGAGCUUGCCUGGAAGAACCGACAACGAGAUCAAGAACUACUGGAGGACUCAUUUCAAGAAGAAGGCAAAGACCGCCCUGGACGGCGCCAGUGGGAAGGCCAAAGCCCGGCUGCUGAGGAGGCAGCAGUUUCAGCAGCAGCAGCAGCAGCUGCUAAACCAACUCGAGCUGAAGAGAAUCAUCUCACUGCUCGACGACAAUCAGAUGAGGCAAGAAGUAGCUGGUUCCUCUCCAUAUCCCAACAGUAUAGCUGAUCAAGUUUUCUUCUGCCCCUUCUUCAAUGGCUUCUGUGCUGGAUCAACUCAUCAGCAUGUGGCUGAGGAGGCGGCGGCGGCGGCUGCCACCAGUAGUACUGAAGAAAGCAUAAAUCUGUGGGAUGGCCUCUGGAACAUGGAUGAUGUCCAUGGCAGCAACUUGAGCAUGGCAUUUGCAGCUAACAAGGCUGGCCUCAUGCAAACUUUAGCCAAUCCCUUCUAGUUCAUCAUCAUCAUACAUAUUGUGAUCUUAAUCUCCUUGUCCUGUACUUCUUAACUAUAUAUCUCUGCUUUAUCCAUGCACUAAGCUUAAAUUAAUCAAUCUUCUAGUACCAGUGAUUAGCUAGGAAGUUUACUUAUGUAGAACCAAAUGGGUUCUCUUCUCUGAACCUGAAGACCACUGUAACUGUAAUCAAUCAAGGAAAUUAAUGUUUGGUUUGUCAGCAAUAUAUUAUUAUGCUGUUUUCCUUAA